AUGCCGUGGAACUUGACCGCGGAGCAGCUCUCGGCGCUGCUGCGGCUGCACAACCUGACUCGCGCACAGUUCAUCGCGCGCUAUGGACUGCGGCCACUGGUGCACCCGCAGCUGCCGGCACGCGCCAGGCUGGCCCUCCUGCUCACGGGCCUGCUCAUCUUCACCCUGGCACUCUUUGGCAACGCCCUGGUGGUCUACGUGGUGACCCGCAGCAAAGCCAUGCGCACCGUCACCAACAUCUUCAUCUGCUCCCUGGCGCUCAGCGACCUACUCAUCGUCUUCUUCUGCAUCCCCGUCACCAUGCUCCAGAACGUCUCGGACACCUGGCUGGGGGGUGCCUUCAUUUGCAAGAUGGUCCCGUUUGUCCAGUGCACUGCCAUUGUGACAGAAAUCCUCACUAUGACCUGCAUUGCUGUGGAAAGGCACCAGGGACUUGUCCAUCCUUUUAAAAUGAAGCGUCAGUACACCAAUCAAAGGGCUUUCAUAAUGCUAGGUGUGGUGUGGCUGGUGGCCAUCAUCAUUGGAUCUCCCAUGUGGCAUGUGCAGCGACUUGAGGUUAAAUAUGACUUCCUGUAUGAAAAAGAGCACAUCUGCUGCCUGGAGGAGUGGAGCAGCCCCAUGCACCAGAGAAUCUACACCACCUUCAUCCUCGUCAUCCUCUUCCUUCUGCCUCUCCUGCUGCUGCUCGUCCUCUACGGUAGAAUCGGUUAUGAGCUUUGGAUCAAGAAAAGAGUCGGGGAUGGCUCCGUGCUCCAAACUAUUCACGGAAAAGAAAUGUUCAAAAUUGCCAGGAAGAAGAAGCGAGCUGUGAUCAUGAUGGUGACAGUGGUGGCUCUGUUUGCUGUGUGCUGGGCGCCUUUCCACAUCGUUCACAUGAUGAUAGAAUACAGUAAUUUCGAAAAGGAAUAUGAUGAAGUCACAAUCAAGAUGAUUUUUGCCAUAGUGCAAAUCAUUGGGUUUUUCAACUCCAUCUGUAAUCCCAUUGUCUAUGCACUUAUGAAUGAAAACUUCAAAAAAAAUUUUGAGUCUGCAGUUUGCUGUUGCAUAGUAAAAGAAACGUUCUCUCCAGCAAGGAGGCAUGGAAGUUCAGGAGCUGUGGCCAUGCAGAGGAGAACAAAGUUAGCUGGCAGAGAGAAUCCUGUAGAGACCAAAGGAGAAACAUUUGAGGACAGCAACAUCAAUGUCAAGUGGUGUGAACAGCCAGAGAAGAAGAAAAAAUUGCAAGUGGCAUCUUGUCCUCUUUAGUUCUGAAUUUCUGAGAACUCUGCUGUAGACAGGGACUUUAAUUGUUAACAGUAUCUUCAGAAUCAGUACCCGUCAUACUGUAAUGGAAAGAAAAUUAUUUUGAGAAAAAGUAGAGCUUUCAUAUUAAAAAUGUUGACGAGCACUUGAAAGGUUGAGGCAGGGGAAUGAGGAGUUUAAAGUAAUCCUCAGCAGCAUAAUGAGUUUUAGGAUAACCUGUAGUACAAGAGACCCUGUCUCAGGAAGCCAAAAUAAUAACAACUAAACUUACUAAUGAUGGUGACAAAACAUUUUUUCAUUGAAAAUACAUAAGAAGUACAAUUUUGAAAAAUUAUUGGGCCAUUAUUGUGAUUACUAGGUAUAGUUUUUUUUUUUU